AUGAAGAAACCGCCAUCUCGUGAGCGCGUGCCUUCGACUUCUCUGCUAGGUCAUACUCGAAUUUAUGGUAGGGACCCCUCUAAGGAGGCCAUAAAGGAGUUGCUUGUACCCGAUGAUGCAGAAGGAGGAAGUUUACAGGUUAUUCCCAUAGUGGGCAUGCCUGGGAUUGGUAAAACCACCCUGGCUAGAUUUGUCUACCAUGAUGACGACGUGCAAAAGUGGUUUGAUCUGAAAGCAUGGGUCUCUGUUUCACAAGAUCUUAAGGUUUUCAACCUAACAAAAAUCAUUCUCAAAGAGUUUGGGUUUUUGAACUGUGAUCUCAUGCCUCACAAUAGUCUUCACUGUAAACUCCGGGAGAUAUUGAUGGGCAAGAAGUUACUUCUUGUUUUAGAUGAUUUUUGGAAUGAUGAUCCAGAGCAAUGCAAGUUUUUAAUCACACCUUUGAUGGCCGGGGCAAAGGGCAGUACGAUUAUCAUUACAGCACGCGAGAGGAGCGGAACAUCAUUAGCAUUGCAAAUUCUUCAUCCUUAUCCUUUGCAAACAAUUCAUCCUUUUCACUUGCAGGGAAUAAGCAGUGACGAUUGCUGGUUGUUGUUUUCAGAAUAUGCAUUUAGUGAUGCAAAUCGCAAUGCCGGCUCACUAUUUAAAGAAAUGUUUCACUCUACCGUGGUGAGAAGAUGCAAUGGUUUGCCUUUAGCUGCAAAGUUGCUGGGGUGUCUCUUAAAGUCCAAAACAAAUGCUGAUGAAUGGAGAAAAAUAUUGAACAGCAACAUGUGGGAUUUGCAAGAUGAUAGGGGUCUUCAUGUUCUAAAAAUGACCUAUUAUUGUUUGCCGCAGUAUCUAAAACAGUGUUUUGCUUAUUGUGCAAUUUUUCCUAAAGGUUAUGAAUUUUGCAAAGAGGAUGUUGUUCUUCUGUGGAUGGCCGAGGGUUUUCUGCUUGCUUAUGGUGGAAAUAAAGAGAUGAAAGAAGCAGGAUACAGGUACUUUGAAGAUCUUGUAUCAAUGUUUUUCUUUGAACAAGUAAGUGAUAACUCAUCAUUAUUCGUAAUGCACGACCUCACAAAUGACUUGGCAAAAUUUGUGAAUGGAGAGUUUGCUGUUUGUUUAGAUGAUAGUGGUGAUUCUUGGAAGGUUUCUAAGAAGACCCGUUACUUAUCGUAUGCAAAAACUAGAUUGGAAGAUCUAAACAAUCUUGUGGGCCUUGAUGAAGUACAAAAUUUGCGUACAAUUUUGGUAAUAUCAAAGUUCUUUUUGGCAAACAUGAAUGAUGAGGAAAUCAAUGAUUUUCUGAGAAGAUUCCAGCGUCUUCGUGUAUUAUCUUUGUUCCAUAUAGACAAGUUGCCUAACUCGAUUGGCAGCUUGAAACGACUAUGGUAUAUAAACCUCUCGGGAUCAUCAGCACACAGGUUGCCUGAAACUGUGUGUACCUUGCACAACUUGCAGAUACUGAUCUUGCGUGGGUGCAAGAAUCUUGUUGAGUUGCCGUCCAACCUCAUGAAUCUAACAAACUUGUAUCAUCUAGAUAUCAAAGGAACAAGAUUGCAACAGAUGCCACCUCAAAUGGGUAAAUUAUCUAAACUUCAAACUUUAACUGAUUUUUUUGUGGGUAAACAAAAUGGAUCCAGCAUAAAGGAAGUAGGAGAGCUCAAAUGCCUAGAGGGAAAACUUCGUAUUUGGAUGCUUCAAAAUGUUGUUGAUGCUCAAGAUGCUUUAGGAGCUAAUUUGGAAGGCAUGAGGGAUCUCAAAAAAUUAGAUUUGAGAUGGAGCGAUGAUUCACAUAGUUCUCUUGAUGAAUGUGUGCUUCGUCAACUAAAACCUAAUGUGAAUAUGCAUUGUCUUGUAAUUAUUGGUUAUGGGGGUUCAAGAUUUCCUGCCUGGUUAAUAGACUCAUUUUUAGUGGAUCUAAGGCUUAGUGAAUGUCAAUGUUCCUUUCUACCACCACUCGGUCAGUUAGCAUAUCUAAAAAGACUUCUGAUCAAAGCAUUCGAUAAAGUCGAGAGUGUAGGUUAUGAGUUUUAUGGAAAUUGCACUUCCACAAGCAUUGCAUUCAAAUCACUCGAGAGCUUGACUUUUGAAAGGAUGCCACAAUGGUGUGAAUGGAUUCCUAAUGUUGCUGAAAGUGAAGAGAAAACUUUUCCUUGCCUCAAAGUGCUUUAUAUAAGUGAAUGUCCUAAAUUAAAGAAAACUCUUCCCAUCUACCUUCCUUCUUUAAAAGAACUCAGAAUUACUAAGUGUUCCCAGUUUGUGUUUUCACUUCCAAAGCCUACAACCAUUAACAAAAUGUUUUUAAGAGAUUCUUCAAAUGACUAUCCUCAUAUGCUGAAAUUAGAGAUAUUGACUUCUGGUUGGUACAGUCUCAUAGUUCAAUCUUGUUACUCCUUAGAUUUUUUAUCGAAGGAGAUGCAGCAGCUAGGUUAUUUUCUUAGCAUGCAGGAAAUUAGCAUCCAUAGUAGUUCACUCAAGUGCUUCCCAAUAGAGCUUUUCCCCAGGUUAAAGCAACUUGACAUAAGUGAAUGCCCAAAUCUUGAAUCCCUUUGUUUAUCUGACAGAGUUUCCACAUCUACAAGCACCUUAAAUCCCCGUGAGUGCUCAAAUCUGCAAGAGCUUUCAUUAUUUGAUUGCUCAAAUUUAAAAUCAGUGGAUUGUUCCCUCCCUUCCCUUGUGACACUAAAAAUAAGCUGCUGCGGAGAACUUGAGUCAUUUCCAGCUUUGGGUCUGUCGUCAUCUCCCGGAGUGUGUUUGUCCUCUAAAUUGGAGUCACUUACUAUCCAUGACUGUCAGAAACUCUUUGCUCGCCUCGAGGAACUGGAUUUGGAUGGAUUCUCUCUUUCAAGCUGUGAGCUGCAUGGAAUAAGCUCCUCCACAACCACCUCUUCUACAAUGUGAUCUUCCAUAUCUGGACUACAAAGCUGUUCAACGCCUAUCCUUGGUCAAAGAAUUCAAAACCCAAGUUUUGCCGAGUUACAGUUCCGUGCUGGAAGAAAUGUAUCAACGGGAGAUGGGAAAAGUUUGGUUCAAUAUUUCUCUCUCCCAUGAAGUAAAGAUUGAGCGCUAGAAGAUCAAAUGAGCAAAAGCGUCUCCCAAUUCUGUCUCUAAUCUUCUUCAAUCAUUGAACACUAUGAAUUUGUCCUUGUGGAAACCUAGGUCGUUCCUGAUUGGGAUCGCUGACUUCAUGAACAUCAGAAGCGGAAUGUUUACAGAGGUAGCUGCAUGCAGCGACCAUCACUUUCACUCUCAGUGAUAACAAAUACUUCUGUGCUUUCACCUCUUGGAACUGUCAAUCUAUUAUCCAUCUUGAUGUUUCCUAUGCUUAUUUAGCAUGAACUUCUCUGACUGUUGCAAGCUUGUUGAGUUACGCCAUUCCAAGUUUCACUUUUCUGUUGGCAGUUAUCUUCGGGAUGGAGAAACUGAAAAACUACAAGUCCCCGAGGAUGGGCUAAGGUUUUGGCGCAGUUAUUUGUGGUGGAGGGUCAUUUGCUAAGGAAAGCUGGAUGAAAGGUUCUGCUCUUAUUCUGACAAUUAAUAACGCAUGGAAUGCAAGGCUAAUUCUCUGGGUGAUCAUCUCUCAUAUUUAAGUGGACAUUUCUUGAGGUUACUCAUAAUCUUGUCCUACUCAAUCAAGUUUUGGCUGUACAUAAGUUUAUCCAGUUUGUUUAUGACAAACACGAUGCUUCUACCUGUCAAUUCGAUCUUCUAUCAUUCUCCUAUUUUUUUUGGAAGAAAUCCUACAUUAUGGAAGUCAGAGUGGAAUGUGCAGAACCCGUUUGAGUAGUCUCUAUCACAUUGUAAUAAAAAGUGGACAUAUCGACAUCAGUUCCUUUACAACAUUGCCUGGAA